GCACUACCACAGCAUGGACGUCUUCACGCACUACGACCUCCUGACACUCAACGGGACCAGGGUGGCUGAAGGGCACAAGGCCAGCUUCUGCCUGGAGGACACAGAAUGUGAAGAAGAGGUGGGCAAACGCUACGAAUGUGCCAACUUUGGAGAGCAAGGCAUCACGGUGGGCUGCUGGGACCUCUACAGGCACGAUAUUGACUGCCAGUGGAUCGACAUGACAGAUGUCAAAGCCGGGAACUACAUCCUGCAGGUGGUGAUCAACCCCAGAUACGAAGUGGCAGAGAGCGAUUUCACCAACAACGCCAUGAAAUGCAGCUGCAAGUAUGACGGCCACCGGAUCUGGGUGCACCGCUGCCACAUAGGUGAUGCCCUGAGCAACGAGGCCAACGGGCCCCCCGAACUGUACCCAGGGCAGAGCAGCAACCAGGUCCUAUAGGCGUCAGCUCCCUCCUCCUCCUGGGCAGAAGGCAGGCAGGCGUCAUCAGUGGCACAGCAGCGGGCAAGAGGGCUCCCGAUCCCCCCAGCUGGCAAUUCAGCAGUUGCCUUGCCGUGAGGCGGGAGUGGCUCCUGGGCAGCUGGAAGGCACUACCCGUCCCCACGGCUCAGCCAGGACCAGACUUCCGCCCCACAGCUCCCCCUCCCUGGCAUUCUUCUCAGCCGGCUGUUCCUUCUCUGACCACAAGAGGCGCUGCAGGCAUCCCAAGACAGCUGCUCCUGCACCUAGCUGGGAAGGGGGCCUCUCUGGGCAGCCACCCAGCCAACGGCCCUUAUCUGGGGCUUCAGCACUGCCUGCACUGGGGGCCGGCCUUGGCCCUCCUAUAUAAAGCCAAUUGUC